AUGUCCGAGCGAAGGCUAUCACGUGACUUGCAGCUGACAGUACAUACCGCAUCUACAUGCCUUCCAACCUCCACCUCUUCUGCUAAACAAACCGAGGUCGAGGCAGAGGAGGAGAAGAAAAGCAAGCUGCCCCCAGCCGACGGCAUAAGGAGCGGCCUCGAGCAGGGAGUACUGAGAAGUCCUACAAUAGUAGGAGCACCAAUGGCCGUGGACCAGGGUAGGGCUUCCUCAGCUUCAGCCUUCAGGUACACGGAAUUGAUUUGGCCAUGA